AUGACGGACACCAUGCGUGCAGGGAUGAUGAACGAGUGGCAGGGACGAGCUGCGGCACCGGAUAGGGGCAUUGGGCAGGCCGCAAGGACAAGCAGCAGGAGACUCAACCUCGCUGACAAUCGCUUUGAUGCCUCUCCAAUCCCUUCUGGAUUUGAACAACUCACCAGGAGUCUCCGUAAGUUGAUCUUGCGUGGAUGUAGUCUUUCAAGCCGCAGCUAUUACUCCAUUCGCCAGUUACAGUUCUUGUCUGAACUUGACCUUAGCGAUAAACAUCUUUCUUCUGUGCUGCCCAACUUCAUAGGGAACUUCUCUUAUUUGACAUUGCUGCACAUCCAAGGUUGCAACCUGUCAGGAUCCUUACCAUCCUUCCUUGCAAACCUGAGCAAACUAGAUUACUUGGAUCUUUCAUUCAAUGAGUUAAAGAAGACGGAUGGUCGGCUUGACGUUAUCCAAAAUGCCUCUUCUAUCCAGUUGGAGAAAAUUGUGUUGGAUCACAACAAAUUUCAGGGAAUGGUUCCGAGCUUUAUCUUUAAACUCAUGAAGCUUGAAAUCAUUUCCCUUUCUUUCAACAAUUUCAGUGGUGUUGUGGAGCUAGGGUUAUUUCAAAAUUUCAAGAACCUUUCAGUUCUCAAUCUUUCAAAUAAGAAUCAGUCCAUCGAGGAUGGUGGUGAGAAUAGAACCACCAUUUUCCUAUGUUUGCUGAGUGAAUUGGAUGUUCUUGACCUUAGCUCCAACAUGAUAGAAGGCCCACUUCUGAUCCCGCCACCUUCCACCUCUUUCUUCUCUAUUUCCAACAAUAAACUUAGUGGAGAAAUCCCUAUGUCAAUUUGCAACACAACAUCCCUUCGAGUCCUCGAUCUAUCCAGAAACCAGUUACGUGGACAGAUUCCACAAUGUCUAGGUGAAAUUAGUGAUGCUCUCGUUGUGCUAAAUCUCCAAGGAAAUGAGCUCAAUGGCACCUUGCUUCAAACAUUUAAAGAGGAAUACAAUCUACAAACACUUAUCUUAGUGAAAAUCAAUUAG